AGAAGAUCUUGUGACGAUGAUGGAUUCUCCAGAACCUUCUAAGAAGAAUGUUAGUUCUUCUGCCUCCACUCUCAAUGCCACUCCUUCAUCUGAAUCCCCUCAAGUUCAAGAAUCCCCCUUUUUAAGAUUUGUAAACACUUUGUCUCCAAUAAAGCCCGUCAAGGCUAGCCAUGUGGUUGGACAAAGUUUUCUAGGACUCAAUUCUCCACCGCUUGUAUUCAAGUCACCACGAGUUUGUUACCGUGAAACACAUUUCAUGGAAAGGUCUCAAAGCACUCAGUUGCUCACUGGAGAAACAUCUCAGAGUGAAAAUGGAGGCACCAGUCUUGGGGAAGCUCCUGGUGAUUCCAGCAAACCAGAUUCUCAGCAGCCACGGCCAGAGAGAUUUAUAACUGACACUCGGGAGGUUUUUGACUCCAGGAAUGGUGCAAAUACUCAGAAUUGCAGUCCUCCAUCAUCUGUUGAUGAAUAUUUGGCUGAUCCCAGGGAUGUUGAUCGAAUGUAUUUGGCCAACCAAGAUGUGGAACACUCUACUGAUGCAGCUGAAGCAUCAUCACUAAGUGACUUAACUCAGUCAAAGAAAAGUACAUUAAAAUUUGAUAGGAAAGAUUGUCCAGGUGAUAAAGCAGAAGACAUUUUGCCUUUGUCAGAGGAAUCUGAAAAGGGUCAUCAAGAAAAGCCAGCAUAUGGGGAAGAACCUGGAAAGAUAGCAGGGGAGAAAAAUGACGUUGAAUGGGCUUCUCAAGAGCACAGAGAGUUAGAGUCCAAUUCAGCUUCAGGUGUUUUUGAGAAACAAUCUUGUCAUGAUUCACUUCCCCAGGAUUUUAAUGGAUGUGAAGAUUACAAUAAGAUGGUAUCAACUUCACAUGUAACUUCAGAGAAUCUCUCACAAGAUGGUUCUGAGGCUAGUCUAAAGUACCAUGGCAUUCGUAGACGCUGCCUACAAUUUGAGGAAGGUGCUUCCGAUGCUUUUGGAAGUAACAAGUCCAAUGUGAAAUUGAAUGCGACUUCAAGCGAAAUGAAAACGGUUAAGCCGUCCGAACAUAUUAGUUCCUCGUUUCCUCAGCGAGGUAGUGGAAACUUCCCUGUGACAGGUCCCAAGCCAUCAGGUAUUGGGUUGCAUUUAAAUAGCAUAAUAAAUGCUAUGCCAACUGGUCGUGCUACAACUACGAGUAUGCGGUUAUCAGAUGGUUUACAGGGGAUGAAACCCAAAUCUUCAAUAAGCUUAUAUAGAGUGGAGAACAUGAAGAGAUCCGUACUUACAUCUAAUGUGGAUGGGCAAUCAUUAGUUGAUAUUAGAAAUGAAAGCCAUGACAUUGCUGCUUCAGUAGCUACAAAUUCUUUCAUCUCUGGAAAUUCUGAGGAGUUCAACCAACCUAGCCCCUCCAAGAAAAAGAGGAAAACAUCUAGCACUGCUGAUGACAAUGGCCCUAAACGGUGCAACUGUAAGAAAAGUAAAUGUUUAAAACUUUACUGUGACUGUUUUUCUGCUGGACCCUAUUGUUCCGAGUCUUGUACUUGCCAAGGCUGCUUAAAUAGACCAGAAUAUGCGGAGACAGUUACUGAGACUAAACAACAAAUUGAAUCCCGUAAUCCACUUGCAUUUGCUCCCAAGAUUGUACAAUCUACCACUGAUAUUUCAUCUAAUAUGGAGGAUAUAAAUCUGACGACACCAUCAUCGGCAAGGCACAAAAGAGGUUGCAAUUGCAAAAGGUCAAUGUGUCUGAAAAAAUAUUGUGAAUGUUAUCAGGCUAAUGUUGGAUGUUCUAGUGGAUGUCGAUGUGAGGGAUGUAAGAAUAUCUAUGGCAAGAAAGAAGAUUAUGUUGCAUCAGAACACUCUUUAAGUAAAGAAAGGGUGGGCAGUAGUGUUGAGAAAGGAGGAUCAGACAGCACAUUUCCCAAUAAACCGGAAGCGGUAGCAAGCAAGACACAUUAUGAUUUACAAGGCCUCUCACCUAUAACGCCAUCAUUGCAAUGCUCUGACCAAGGCAAGGAGGCCGCAAAAUCCAGACUUCUUUCUGGAAACUUCCAACCAUCCCCUGAAUCUGAUGUUAGUAUGUUCUCAUCUCAAGCAAGAUACACUGAAUCUUCUGAAAAUUUGCACACCAGUCAAGCACUUCCGGAAACAAAUGAGAUGUUGGGAACUGCCCCCUAUGAUUCACAAAUUGACUGCAGCAAUAUGAACACGGUGGAUCAGUCAUCACCAAAUAAUUCAGGUGUUAUCUUACCUCAGCUUAUUCCUGUGUCCAACCCGGAGUCAAUGUCUUGUGCUUCAUCGUCCUCAUCUAGAACAUUCGAGAGGACAAAUAUUCCACAAUCGCUACUUUCCCAAGGAAGUUUUCGCCAGUUGCCUGGAGGCUCUCUUCGUUGGCGUAGUUCCCCGGUUACCCCAACGACUAGAGCGGGGGAAACUCAAUAUUUACAAUGUCCUGAAUCAGAUAGCAGACUCUUUGACAUUCUAGAAAAUGACACCCCUGAUAUACUGAAGGAAGCUUCAACUCCCAUAACAUCUGUGAAAGUAAAUUCCCCAACCCAAAAGCGAGUUUCUCCUCCCCAGAGUCAUCAUCAUGGGAUCGGAUCAAACUCCUCUGGAGGCUUGAGAAGUGGCAGGAAAUUUAUAUUGCAAGCUGUACCUCCUUUCCCACCGUUGACUCCUUGCGUUGAUUCCAAAGGCAAUAGCGAUGAGGAUUUGAAUGAAAAAGCCAAGGACAAAAAAGACAACGAAGCUAAGGACAAACAAUCUCAAAGCUAA